AUGACAUAUCUCAACAGCCUCAUUGUUUUCAACUUGAUUUUGCUCUUCAUUUGCCUUGUGCAACCCGUCGACUCCAUCAUUCACCUCCCACUGUACAGGAGGGGAGGUCGCUUCUCGAGCCACGAGUCCGCCAACCUCACGUAUCUCUCUUCAAUCCUCGAAGCCGCCGAAGCGAAGUACGGCCUCAGCUACCGGGCUAUCGAAGGAAAUCGGCUUGUGCGGAGAUGGCACGCCAGCAGUUUCGAGGAUGAAAAUGAUCCGGAGGUGGUUGAUGUCGUCGGAGGGGCGAAUCGAUGGUAUACGACGGUCGAGGUGGGCGCGCCAAGGCAGAAAUUGGAAGUCGACAUUGACAUGCUGAGUCCUGAUUUCUACACCAUCACGACGGCGAGCGACAGCGGUGUCAAGUACAACGCGUCUGCAUCGCGAAGUCACGGAAUCCGCCACGGCAGAGCGCACCCAAUCUGCGCCCGCGCCAGCGACGAAUUUCAUUUGUCCCCGAAUCUGCCAGCGCUUCGACUCGAGUUCCCCGCAUGCGCACCAGCAAAGGCAUCUCGACAGAGCCUCGCACGCUCCGGCACGUUCCUCGGUCUCGCACCACACGUGGGAUCUCUUGCACGAUUGUCCUCUCCUCCGCUCCUGACGCAGCUCAGAGAGCAGGACGCCCUGCCGAACAAGGUCUGGUCGGUCACCUUGCUGGACACGGAGACCGGGAUCCUCACCCUCGGCGGAACCAUCGCGAAAGAGGUCGAGGAAGCAAAAAUACGCGGAGAUGUCGAGCUGAAGCACUUUGGCCAGGCUGGGAUCACGUCGGAAUGGGUCAGUGAGCAGGUCCAGGCGCAGUUGCAGGCGAUGAUGCCGACUGAGGUGCCGUGGGAUCGACAUUUCAAAUGGACCGAAGUGCAAGGAGCGGCGGGCUGGUGGAUGGCUUUGAUGAGGGGUGUAUGGAUUCACGGAGCAAAGAUCCUGAGAAACCAGCCCGUCAUCUUGGACAUCAACGUCCCCUUCAUCCUGGCCCCUCCCAUCGCCGCCCAACGCUUCUACGACUCGAUCGGCGGCACGAAACGCCUCCCGGCCCCCUUCGAUGUCUUCUUUGCCUUCCCCUGCUUCAACCAGGUCAAUAUCGCCCUUGAGAUUGCCGGGAUGAACAUCCCCGCCAUGCAAGGCCAAGGGACUUGGGAAGACGGGCUGCACGGUCCUACGGGCGGCAGGUUCAGCCUGGGGAAAUUACAAGAUGGGUCGGGAUACUGCGUGGGCAGCGUGGUGGAGACAAGGAUGGGUCAGAGAAGAGAAGGGUUCGAAAGCGGCAUGAAAGACGUGUGGGUAUUGGGCGAACCCUUCUUCCGCGGACUCGGGGUCACAUUUGACAUGGACAAAGAGAGGGUAGGGGUUAGGGUCUAUUGA